AUGCCGGCUGUUCCAGUGAAGCCCCCCGCCGCUGCCGAGGACAUGGUGGCGGAGGGAGGAGAGGGGGCAGACGGAGGGGGCGGCGGAGGCUUGGGGGGACAGGAGCAGCGUGCGGCCCUGCCUCUGGUCAAAGUCUCCAGGGAGGUGCUGAGGAGUUUUCCCCAUUCGAAGCGCGUGGGCUCCUACCUGGUGGGGAAGAUGAUCAACAAAGGGUCCUUCGCCAAAGUGAUGGAGGGGCUCCACAUCGGGACUGGAGAAAAGGUGGCCAUUAAGGUGAUAGACAAGAAGAAGGCUCGUCAGGACUCAUACGUGCUGAAGAACAUGAAGAGAGAACCUCGUAUUCACCAGAUGAUCCGACACCCACACAUCGUAGUCCUGUUUGAGACCCUGGAGACAGAGAACAGUUACUACAUGGCCAUGGAGCUGUGUGCAGGAGGAGACCUGAUGGACCGGAUCUGUGAGAGGAAGCGCCUGGAGGAGAGGGAAGUCCGACGCUACACCAGACAGAUCCUCUCUGCCGUGGAGCACCUGCACAGACAUGGCAUCGUGCACAGGGAUUUGAAGAUUGAAAACUUCCUCCUGGAUGAACACAACAAUAUCAAGAUAGUAGACUUUGGUCUCAGUAACACGGUGAAGCCUGAGUCGUUGUCUCUGGAGCUGCUCAGUACUCAGUGUGGGAGUCCAGCGUACGCCGCCCCAGAGCUGCUCGCACACAGGAAGUACGGGCCCAAGGUCGACGUGUGGUCUGUAGGGGUGAGUACAUUUGCGAUGUUGACGGGGACUCUGCCCUUCACUGUGGAGCCCUUCAACAUCAAACACCUGCAUCAGAAAAUGGUGAACGGAGAAAUCAGCAGCAUCCCCCCUGACAUAAGCAAAGGUGCAGUGUCCUUCGUUCUCUCCCUGUUGGAGCCUGAUCCAGUCAAACGGCCGAGUGUCCGAGCUGCUCUGGACGAAAGAUGGAUCAACGAGGGCUACAGCAAGAAGAGUCUACACACAGUGUACAAGAACAGGUAUUGCCCAGAAGACUUAAACUCAUCUGUGCUCACCUACAUGACGGACACGCUGGGUUACGCCCUCUCUGAUGUCAUCCACACACUGACCAAUCACAGGCCCUCGCCCAUCAUGGCCUACUACCAUCUGCUCCUCGCCAAGUUCACCCGCAGCCAGAAGGGAGCCAAGACCCUCAAGAAAUUGGAAAAUGAGUGGACGUUACCGACCAAGAACACCUGGAGAGAGAGAACUGGGAGUGAAAUAAAAGGACAACAGAAGAACACCUCAGAUGAAAAAUCCUCCAAACAGAGCAGCAGACCUCAGAGACCAGCACAGACAGUGGACAGAGACGUGGUGAAGGAGCAGGAUGAGAACCAGCCCCCCUCCCCCUCUCCGCCCUCACCCCCCUCUCUGCCCUCACUGCCCCACCUGCCUCACCCCUCCUCCCCCUCCCAGCCCCUGCGGGAGCCCUCCCCCUCCCCAGCUCCUCUCGGGGAGGAGGAAGAGGAGCUGGACUUCACACUGGAGCCAAAAGAACCACUGUUUCCUGAAGUGUCAGUGUUCAGAGAGCGAGAGCUGGUGCACCUGUCUCCUCCCAAAAGCUCCGCCUCUCAGCUGUGUGACUCCGCCCCCUGCCGUGCCCCCGACGCCCUCCGCACCGGCAGCACCACCCGUCCCUCGCGCCACGCCCACCUGCUCAGAACCACACGAUCCGACGGGGCGACUGCCAACCCCGCCUCCGCUGACUGUUUCCAAGACAACCGUAACCAGGACAACCAUCACCUGCCCAUCAGCGAGCGCCUGGAGAAGCUACAGACGUUUUACGCCACGGAUCACGGCCCGGUUUCACCCAGGAUGAUUUUGGAUGUUGACCCCCUCCCUGCGGACAGAGAGCACAUGGACACAGCCCCGUCUCCUCUCCCCAGACUGAGAAACGUAGGGCUCAAAGAUGCUAGAAGUAGAAAAAUGCCAUGGCUGACCAGACCAGGACCACCGGGACUACUGGUGAAUGGCUCAAAACCUCCCGUGUUCCCAUCCAGACAACACACGCUGGUUUUUAAGAGUUUGAGGCAAGACAGGGGCAAGAGGAGAGAGCUGUCGGUGGUGGGAGGGACAGGUAUGGCUGGAGACAGGGUAGUGGGUGGAGGAGGGGUGAAGAGGAACUCGGUGCAGUUAAGAGCGAGUUUACAAAGAGGACUGACUGAUCUGAACCUGCCCCUUUUGCCCCCCGCCCUGCAGAAACCAGACCGAAAGAACAGGCUGCACGGAAUGGACUACUGA